CUCUCAUCUUCUCCAUUAUUAUUUCCCAAAGGAUCUCAUUAUCUCUCCUUUGUACAUAAUUCAUCCAAGAUCCUCGGAGAAGAAACCGUGUCGUGUUCAAGUAUCAGAAGAGAAAAUUGUGCCGUUUUUUUUCUUCGGUGGUAGCUAUGGAAGUAAAGGUUAGGAGAGAAGAAACCGCGCCGUUUUUGGUAAUGGUGUUGAUGGAGGGAUGCACGAUCGCCUUAACGAUUAUGGCAAAAACAGCAUUGACGGGAGGGAUGAGUCCUUUUGUGUUCGUCGUUUACACAAACGCUCUCGGAUCCUUUCUUCUUCUUCCUUUCUCCUUCUUGUUUCACAGACAUGAUAGAACCCAACUCUCCAUCUUCUCUCGGCCUCUUCUCGUUCGCGUUUUCUUCCUUGGUUUCACCGGGAUAUUUAUGUUCCAGAAUUUGGCAUUUGUGGGACUAAGCUUUAGUUCACCCAUCGUGGUAUGUGCAAUGGGUUUGCUCAUCCCUUCCUUCUCCUUCUUGCUCUCUCUCCUUCUCAGGAGGAGCAGCUUAGAGUGGCAAAAUAAGAGCACAAGAGCCAAAGUGAUUGGUUCAUUGAUAUCAAUAAGUGGAGCGAUUGUCGAGGAAUUCUACAAAGGUCCUUACAUAAGGCCUUCUUCUUCUUCUUCCCCGACCGAACUGCUUAGAUCGAUCCCUCGGCUUUUCGUCUACUACAAGAUCCCCGACAACUGGGUUCUGGGCGGCCUUUUUCUCGCAGCCGCGGCUUUCUCUGUUUCGAUCUUCAACGCCAUUCAGAUGGGGACAGUCCAAAAAUAUCCGCAGGUGAUGAAAGUGGCGUCGUUUUACAGCAUAAUCGGGACAUUGCAGUGUCUCACCUUCUCAAUAUUUAUGGAGAGAGACCCAUCCGCUUGGGUUAUCAAACCCGACUUCGAUCUUCUCCUCAUCAUUGUCACGGGAAUAUUCGGGAGCGUGGUACGUACGAGUGUGCAAGUGAAGUGCACCAAGAUGAAAGGACCAUUUUACGUGCCGUUAUUCAAGCCCUUUGGUAUAUUUUGGGCCGCUCUUUUCGGCACCAGCUUCUUCGUCAAUAGCCUUCACUAUGGCAGUGUGUUGGGAGCAGCAAUAGGAGGGGUGGGAUAUUUCACGGUGACGUGGGGCCAAAUGAAAGAAACCGAAGAGAACCAGAUUCCAAAGAAAGAGACCAAACAUGUUAAAGGAAUUCAUACCGACGAAGAACACAAGGUCCCACUCCUUCAUGAGGAAGACAGCCAUGUCUGAACGUAUUGAAAUCACCAGAGAAAAAAAAAAGAUUAUAUAUAUUUUUUGGUGUGAAUUAAAAUAUAUAAAUUUGUGUCCGUUAAGUCAAUUUCAAUUAAUGGGAUUUUGCUGACGUAGGUUUUUUGGUCCGAAAGGCAAAACCCUAUAUAUAUAUAGUCUCAGUUCUUACGAGUUGUAAGCAAAUUUUGUGUAUAGAUGCUCGUUAUGGACCCUUGUGUGGUUAUGAUAUGGCAACAUUAUUAACAAGCCCUAAAUUAUGCUA